AUGCCUUUUAUUGUGUAAGUUUAUAUUGUUUUAGGUUGGUGAAGCUUUUUUAGGUUGUUCAAAUAAUUCUGAGCCCGUUUUAAAGCAAAUUUUUGGGGUUAGGGGACGCAGAAUUAUUUGAUCAAUCUAAUAAAAUUUAUAUUUUUAUUGUUUUUGGCUGUAUUUACUCACAUACUAUCAUAACCUCACAUAUUAUCAUAACUUUAACAGUAACAUUUGUAGAAAUAUAGCCAUAUUGGUACUGCUUAUGUUCCACUUUAUUCUCACGCUCUAUACCUUGGUAUAUCUUCGUCAUGUUGAAAUGGGGAUGAACCAGAACUUUGAUGACAUUAAGUGGAGCUUGCACAUGGAUCCUGGCCCUGUAAGAGGAAGAACCUUCAGAACGAAAGACUCUCACGAUGAAGGUGGAAAGCCGAUCAAAACGAGGACUCUACAUACUUGUAAGUCUUGUUUUUGUUGUAAAUAGUAUUGUAGUAGGUUCGUGCUAUAAGAAACAGAAAGCAACGGAAAUACUAUAACUUGUGUUAACAAUAUAAAAAGUCAUUUUCAGGUGCGUCUGGUACUCGAACCGACCAAAACAAAGGGAAAACGAAGGGAACGUUUGAGGCAGGCGAAGUGACAGCAGCUUCAACUGAUACAAACUGCAACAAAUGUCAUGAAGCUACUGCUGGUAGGUGUAUUUUUCAUAAUAUAACACUAGGUUGUUCAAAUAAUUCUGUGUCUCCUCUUAAGCAACUUUUUGUUGCUAUGGGCCACAGAAUUAUUUAAGACCUAAUGUUAUCUUAUGUUUAGUCGUCUGUUGUUUAUUGGUAAGUUAAGGUAGAAUAGGGUAGUGUAUGACAGUGUGGAUAUGUUAUUAUACACAAUUUUAAUAUAUAAUACUACUUUUAGCCGGAACAACAGUACCAACAAACGAAGAUACGGCAGUCAGCAAAGACGCUACGACCCAAGCUACUACAACAUGCGAAAAUACGGCAGAAAAACAUCCUUCACCAGCGAACAAUCAACCUGCAGAAACAAGAAAUCAACCUCAAACACCAAACAAGCCUGCAGCCCUAAACGACAAGCCUAAACCAUUAACUCCCAGUCCAAACCGGCCAAAGAAAGAAUCAGCGAGAAAUGGAAAUAAUACGAAUACUACAGAAGGCACUGAAGGUAAUACCACGGAUGGCACCACUGAUGGUACUACAGAUGGCCAAACGUCCAGAACAGGUACUCAGUCGUGCUCAUGCCUACAUGGCCUUGAACAUGAUGGUGAACAUAAACAUGACGGUGUAGAUGGUGCAGAAAAUGAUGGUGGAGCUGGUGUUGAACAUGAUGGCAAACAAGGUGAGCAACAUUUGGAGAAAGAAAAAACUGCACUAACAGGUGAAACUCCCCAAGGUAAAGAAGAUGUUAAGGAUGAUGGUAAGGGCAGAAGGAAUAAGAGUAAAAGAGAACAAAAGGAAGAGCUAAAAGAUCUACAAGUCGAUGGAAUGAUGGUAGCAAAAGAAUUAUUCAAAAAGAGAGAAGAACUUAAGAAUGUUGCCAAGAAGCACAAGCACAACGAUGACAAGAUCAGUAUGCACGACUUCCUCGAACUUAUGAAAGACGAAAAGUCUUCAGAUGAAUCACCAGCAAAUAAACCUUCAGAUGCAAACUUUAAAGCUUCGGAAACAAAAGUUAAGGCAUCAGAGACUCGUAUCAAACGUUCAGCAUCCAAAAAGCCUUCAGAAUCUAAUGUAAGGCCUUCGGGAUCCAAAAAGCCUUCAGAAUCUAAUGCAAGGCCUUUAGAAGCAAACACAAAACCUUCAGAUUCUCAAAAGAAACGUAGAGUUUCAAAGAAGUCUUCAGCAAUGGAUCAAACUCCAAAAUCCAAGAAAAUACCCAAAGAAACAGAGCAAAAAGAAAAGAAAAAGGAGCCAGAAGAACAAAAAAAGGAAGAAAAAUCAUCGCAGAAGCGAAAGAAAAAGUUAAAACAGGUCAUCAAGGUGAGGAAGGUUUAAAAUUUAAAUAUUUUUGAAAUUUAUCAGUCAGUUUUUUUGAUGUUUAUGACUCUUGACUGUAGUUUGUUGUGGUAGCAAGUUAAUAUUACCUUUUGAUGUUUUGCACUUUUUUUUAAAAUUUUUUUGUCAUUUUUAAUGUGGCUACUUUCAGAAGAUCUCCAGUGAAAUCAAAGAGCUACAUCCGGACAAAUUGCUGAAGCAGAAGAAGUCAAAGAAUUGA